CUCCCCUUAGUACCUCCUUCUCCCUGCAUUGGAGUAUAAAGGCAGGCUUUUCCCUAGUGCUCACUACUUUCUGCCACAAUGAGGACACUCCUGUUCCUGGCCCUUGUGGGAGCUACUGUUGCUUUCCCUGUGGAUGAUGAUGACAAGAUCGUUGGAGGAUACACCUGCCAACAGAAUUCUGUCCCCUACCAGGUGUCACUGAACUCUGGCUACCACUUCUGUGGAGGUUCCCUCAUCAAUAACCAGUGGGUGGUGUCUGCAGCUCACUGCUAUAAGUCCCGCAUCCAAGUGAGACUGGGAGAACACAACAUCAAUGUCCUGGAGGGCAAUGAGCAGUUUGUCAACGCUACCAAGAUCAUCAAGCACCCGGACUUCGUUAGGAAGACCCUGAACAAUGACAUCAUGCUGAUCAAGCUCUCUUCUCCUGUGACCCUCAAUGCCAGAGUGGCCACUGUGGCUCUGCCCAGCUCCUGUGCACCUGCAGGCACUCAGUGCCUCAUCUCUGGCUGGGGCAACACCCUCAGCUUCGGUGUCAAUAAGCCAGACCUGCUCCAGUGCCUGGAUGCCCCACUGCUGCCUCAGGCUGACUGUGAAGCCUCCUACCCUGGAAGGAUCACUGAUAACAUGGUCUGUGCUGGCUUCCUAGAGGGAGGCAAGGACGCCUGCCAGGGUGACUCUGGUGGCCCUGUGGUCUGCAAUGGAGAGCUCCAGGGCAUUGUCUCCUGGGGCUAUGGCUGUGCCCUGGCAGACAAUCCCGGUGUGUACACCAAGGUCUGCAACUAUGUGGACUGGAUUCAGGACACAAUUGCUGCCAACUAAAGAUCACCUAUCCCUCUAGAGUCUCCUUGUAAAUAAAGUAUAAUUUUCAUUACUGUC